AUGAAUUGUUAUAAACAUCAAAGAUCUCAUAGCUUGAAGUCCUCAAAAAGCACCUCAAAAAUCUCUCCUUUAUUUAGCAUACUUAAAUUCAUCAAUCCUACUAAUCAAAGAGAAAUCGACUUAGAGGAUAUGGUAAUUUUUAUAUAGAAUUCUCUAUUAAUAAAUGUCCCAGAAGAGCAAAAAUUAAAAGUUCAACAAAUUUUCCAGCGUUAUAUUAUUUCUACAAAGAAAUUCUGAAUGCCAAUAUCUACUUUUCUGAAAAUGUAUGAUGGAAAUAUUGCUGAUAGUCAUCGAAAAUUAACUGCAAAAGAAAAAGAGCAUGCGAUUUCUCGCAUAAACAGUUACUUAACUCAAAAAAAUUCUAAUCAAAAUUUAAAGCAUAAGCGAGGGGUUUCAUUUUUCGAUAUUAACACAAACUUGAAACAAACUACAAAGAAGCUUGGGAAUGAAAGGAAUUUUAUUACUUACGAUGAAUCUUUUGCAGAUCCUGCAAUUUAUUCGUCAUUUAGUUCUGGGAGUAAUAAAUCUUUUAUUAAUGAUUCUAUUUGUAAAGAAAAGGAUAAGAGGAUGCCGCUAUGUGAAAAUGUUAUGAGAAGCUGUCUGUUAAGAAAAAGUGAUCUCGGCGAAUUAAAUAGGGCUAGGAACGGUCAUAAAAGGCAGAAUAGUUUGUUUGUUAAUUAA